AUGGACUUGUACCUGAACAACUGUUUGAAGGCUGCCGAAGCUGCUGCCUCCAAAGCCGCUUCUGGCAACCUCAAAACUGACAAAGACACUUGUAGUACCAAGAGACAGAAACCUAUUGUUCCAAAGAUUGGACCAUCUAGCCUGUUGGACUUGCCCCUGGGGGCCAAACUGCCCAUUAUCCCAGGAAGUACUAACAUAUUCUAUACCACAAAUAUAAGUGAAAAGCUUUAUCGGCCUUCUUUUGGUUUUAAUCUUAGUGAUCCUUACUGUAGACUCAUGGAAACCACCUACCAAAGUCUUCAUGAUCCACACCUUAAAGCAUACUUCAGACGAAAAGACAUGCUCAAGAAACUAAGACAGGGAGGCUACAUCACCAGCAAUAACAAAGUCAUAUGUUCCUUAAAAGAGCUGAACAAAUACAGACAAUAUCUUACCACUUUAAAAAUUGACUUUGAGAGAAAUUAUGUCAGGGAACAAAAAAUUAUAGAAAGCCAGGUGAAUAAGCUGAACGAAGAGAGACACGCUUGUGCCAACGCUGCCGCUGCUGCCUCAUUUCAGCAGUGGUUGUUACGAGAAGGGAAGAAGACUUCCCCGCAUCAAGACCGAAUAAUAAAACGAAGACAUUUGUGUAUGAUUAAUAAAGAGCUAGACAAAAUUGAAGACACCUUGGGAAGAAGAAACACAGUGCAGUUAGAAGAAGAAAACAGACUCCAUUGGUAUAGUGUUCAAACAAAACUGAAUCAACACAAACAGAUUGAGGAGGAAUGGCAAUCCAAGGAGAUGAAACUUCUAUCAAAGAUUGGAGUAGAAGUUAAGAGAGACGCAAAAGCUGACGAACAUCGGCGAAAAAUCAGAGAGGAAAUUAACCAAAAGAAAAAAGUACUGCUUCAAAAAAGAAUGGCCUACCAUUUACAAAAACUGCAAGAAAAAGAUAAAAAAGAAGAAAAGCGGGAAGCAAGUGUCCCUGAAAGCAAAAGACAACCUGAAACAGUUUCUCCAACAGGUACAAGAAGAUCGAGUUUGCCUGAUGAGCAAAUACUUCACGAAUUUAUGGAAACUAAACAUCAUCGUCAUCCCCGUGUGAAGAAAACAAGUUUUGCUGAGCAGACAUUGUUUUACGAACCUACUGAGCAAAAAUAUCUCUAUCAAAAUACCAUGAAAACAAGUUUCACCGACCAAAGACUGAAGGAAGAUAAUUUGGAAACAAAAUGUGACCACUCUCCAAGCCCAGUUCAAAGCAGAGCUCCCACUACUGUGGCCUUGUCUUUGUUCUUUUCCGAUACUCAGUGUCUGCCUCUGCUGCUGACACCACUUUCUUAG